AUGACUGCAACUAUCAAAACGGAUGUUCUGAUUGUCGGUGGUGGACCCGUGGGCCUGCUGGUAGCCUACGGUCUUGCCAGGCAGGGCGUGGAUACCGUGCUUGUUGAGAAGCAUGACAAAGAACAGCAAGCUAUGUACGGCAGAGCGACAACCCUAUACCCUCGAACACUGGAAAUGCUUGACCAGCUCGAGCUCCUGGAUGAGUUGAACCAAAUCGGGUAUAUCGGCCGUAAUAGUGUCACGUACAAAGAUGGCAAGCGGGUGACAUCACGAGGCUGGCAUGUGAUGUUCCAGCGGAUGAGUGGCACGUUUCUGGACUACUGCUUGAAUAUCCGGCAGAAGUACUCCGAGAAUGUGAUUCGAGACGCCUAUCUGAAGAUGGGAGGUCGCGCGUAUAUUGGCUGGGCACUAGAAGACUACACCGUUGAUAGCCAGACGGAGAGUGACUAUAAAGUGACCUCAAAGAUUUGCCAGGCUGAUACUGGCAAAGAUUUGACGGUGUGCAGCAAAUUUAUUGUUGGGGCGGAUGGUGGGCACUCACUUGUUAGGCGCUUAUCAGGCAUCCCAUUUGAGGGCGAUCGCACGGACUUCAAGUGGGUUCGGAUUGAUGGGCAGUUUAAGACCAACAUGCCGGAUGCGGAUCUUGGUUUUGCGUCCAUUGAGUCGAAGAGCCAUGGAAACGUUCUUUGGGUCCAAUUAGACCAUGGCGUGAAACGCAUAGGCUUCGCAAUGACUGAUGAUAUGCUAGCGAAAUAUGGCAAUUCGCUUACUGAGGAGCAAGCUAAGGAAGAAGCUGUCAAGUCGAUGGAGCCAUUCUCAUUGGAGAUCGAGAAGGUGGACUGGUGGACGUUAUACAGCAUCAACCAACGAGUUGCGGAUACCUUCUUUGCCGACGAUCGUAUCUUGCUGGCAGGCGACGCAUGUCAUACACAUUCUUCUGGUGCCGCACAAGGCAUGAAUACCGGCGUCCAUGACGCAGUUAAUCUGGCCUGGAAAUUGGGAGGUGUGGUAAAAGGCUGGUAUAGUACCGACAUCCUCCGAACCUAUGACAACGAGCGGCGUCCGGCCGCGCAGCAUCUCAUUGAGCUGGACAAAGCAUUCUCGGCAACCAUUUCAGGACAAAUUCCAGAGAUUCACAAGGGUCUAUAUGCCGACGCGAAUGAGUUAUUUACCAAGCUCUUUGACGAGUCAAUCCAGUUUAACAUCGGACUCGGGAUUCACUAUGAUGAGAGCAUCAUUAACAAGACCCCGUCCACCGGGAUGGUUUCUGCUGGCUGGAGAGCACCAGAUGCUUUGGUUCAUGCUCCCGGUUCCCGUAUUCCGGUUCGGCUUUUCCAACUUAUCAGAAACACUGGACCGUGGUCCGUUCUCAUAUUCGCCGGACAACCUACCCUCACUCGGAAGACAUUGGCUUUAUCAAUGAAGAAGCUGGCUGUAUCACUUGACAAGCUCCCUAAAGGGAUGGUCCGGUGCUUUACGCUGAUUGCUAAUAGUGUCACUGAAGGUGACCAGGUCUUUGCAACCCCAAGGCUUGGUCGUUCAUAUUAUGAUUCUGACCGAUCAGCCCAUGCUGCAUAUACCAUUUCCACCAACAGUGGUGGGGUAGCGGUCCUUAGACCGGAUGGCAUUCUUGGACACGCCACAGCUCUGGAAGAUAUUGAGACCGUUGAAGCUUUCUUUAACGGCUUCGUUUCCAGGUAG